AUGCAAAGCGAGUCCUGCGAGACCGACCAGGAGUGCUUGUGCAUUCCGGCGGAUGCUUCGCUUUUGGAAGGUGUGCGGCUGCUUGUCUGGCACCACCUUGGAAAGAGUCUGGGAGAGACAGCGCUGACUCCUAAGCAAAAGCAACUGGUGGAACGCCAUGUGCUGCAUUUGACGCGGUAUGCAGAGAGACUGAAGCAGACGAUUCUGAGCACAAUGGUCUUUGAUCAUGGUCAAGGAACCGAUGUGCAGGAGAGCCUUGAACAGGACGUGUCAUUCGCCGCAUCAUCUUCAACUGGGACUGAGCCUCGACAAGUGCGCCUGAGGGACAGCGAACUUCUUGAAAUUUACCGCAAUGCUCAGGCAGAGGCAGGCAGGGAAGCUGAUUGGCGUGGCCUGUCAGACCACGCAGACCACGCUGCGGCAUCUCAAGGGUGGCGCUACGAAUGGCUUCGUCAGCUGCGCCAGAGCUUCGAUCGAGGAUCUUGCCCGAAGCCCAAGUCACCUCGCGUGCCACCAGAACCGAGGUCUGGUGAUGUAGCUUGA